AAAUAGACGUCAAAACUUACUGUACAAGUAUUUCCGUCAAAUUGUAGUAAAGUUGAAAGGAAAUUUAACUACAAGUUUGAUUGUUAACUUGUAUUCAAGUUGCGGCCGUAGAUUUCCGUCAAUUUGCUUACAACUGUUGUUGAGUGAAGAAUUACCGCCAACUUGAUGUAUAAAUUAACCGUAACUGCUGGAAGUCAACACUUACUGAGAAAGCGCUGGCUAUCAGGGUAGGUCUUUCACAAAUAUGUAAACAGCUGUAUCGUACACAAAAGACUGCGCUUAUAUAUCAAAUUAAAGAUAUAAAAAUCAAGUGACGUGGAAUGUAUUUUUUGAUAUUUUAACGUUGUUUCAUUCCAUAUUUUUUAUUAUUAAUUUAUAGCAAAUUUUAUAAUGAUUCCCCUUGAAAUAAUAAGUAUUUUAAUUUUAACUUUAGUAUUUACUUUCUUAGCGAUUUGUUCUUAUUUGUAUAUAAAUACAUCAAGAUUUCCAAAGAUUAAACGAUAUGAAGAAGAAAAAUCUUUUUUAAAUCAAAAGACUGGCAAAAGAGAACCUUUUCCUUCUCUUCAUGAUGAAUUCAAUUUACACCUCAGUGUUAUUAUACCUGCUUAUAAUGAAGAAACACGACUCAAGCCUAUGUUGGACGAAUGUCUGGAAUUUCUCGAAAAUCGAACAAAAUCAGGAUUAACUUAUGAAGUUAUUGUUGUAAGUGAUGGAAGCACAGACAAAACUGUACAAGUAGCCCAAAAUUAUGCUAAAAAAUAUGAUACUCUGCGAGUACUUGAAUUAAUUGAAAAUAGAGGAAAAGGAGGUGCUGUGAGACUAGGUAUGCUCAGUGCUCGUGGUAGUGUACUCUUAUUCGCUGACGCUGAUGGUGCUACAAAAUUUAGCGAUCUUGAUAAACUUGAAGAUAGUAUGAAAGAGAUUUUGAAUUGUGACUAUAAAAUAAAUCCUGAGAAAGUUGCUAAUGCCCAUGCCGUUAUUUGUGGAUCUCGGGCUCAUCUAGAGGAAGCUGAGGCAGCACGAAGAUCUUUUUUUCGAUUAAUUUUGAUGCAUGGAUUCCACUUUCUAGUAUGGACACUCUGUGUUCGUCAUGUACGUGAUACUCAGUGUGGUUUUAAACUCUUUACUCGUGAAUCAGCAAAAACUUUAUUUGAUGCUCUCCAUGUUGAGCGCUGGGCGUUUGAUGUAGAAAUGCUAUACAUAGCACGAACAUUGGAUAUUCCCAUUACAGAAAUCGCCGUGAACUGGACUGAAAUUGAAGGUUCGAAAAUAAUUCCUUUUUGGAGUUGGUUAGAAAUGGGUCGUGAUUUAUUAAUAAUUUGGCUGCGAUAUAAAAUACGAGCCUGGAGAAUAAUACGACCGAAAAAGUUAUAAAUUGUUACAUAUUAUUUUUACAAUAAUACCAAAUUUACUAAAAAAAAUUCA